AUGUGUGUGUACAGGUACAAGGAGAGUCACGUGGUGACAGCACGGGCCGCUGUGACGGUGAUCCACCCUGAACUGGGCUGUCUGAUCAGCUGUAUAGAGCUGCAGAAGUAUUCUAUAAUACUGCUGUACGCAGAGGAAGGAUGCAGCCCAGUGGGCAGUGUGAGGGCCAGGGCAGACUCCCCAGACCUCCAGCGCUGUUUCUUCCAGCUCAGUGCUUUGGGAAUGGACCCUGUCAUCCUGCUGGGGGGAUUCUCAGCCUUCCACGCCCUCUACCCUUUCCUCUGCACACAACGUAUGGUCCUGCUGGAACCUGAGCGGCACACUCUCACCAUCUACCCCUCAGAGAUCCUGGAAGGAGCUCUCUACCAAGGGUCUGCCUCCCAUGCCUCUGACUACCGCAUCAUCAAGAAUCUACACAUCACACAUGUGGUCAAUGCCACUGCGAACUGCCCUGAUGCUUUCCCCAACAUGUUGUGCUACCUGAAGCUGCGUCUGAGCGAUGAUGCCCAGCAGGACCUGGUGGAGGCACUGCCGCUGGCAUCCAGGUUUAUCAACAUGGCGCUGAAGGCUGAGCCUGCCGGCCGCGUUUUGGUCCACUGUAGUCUGGGCAGGAGUCGCAGCUCAGCACUAACGCUGGCCUUCCUCAUGGAGCAUCGACGCUGGUCACUGCUUCAUGCCCUGCGCUGGUUGAAAGAGAGGAGGGCAUGCACAGCACCCAACGUGAACUUCCUGCGUCAGCUGCUGACCUAUGAGGAGCAGCUAUUUGGGAGCAGACUCACCUCCCUGGACGACAUCCGCCGAUGACUGGAAUAAAAAUGGGAAUGGAAAGGAAGAUACAUUGUAUGUUUUUUUUCCUACAACAUUCACAUUGAGAGAAAGUGUCAAAUAAGCUGAGACUGAGCAGAGGAGGAUUUUGUACUACAACUCUCAAAGACUGGA